AUGGCUGCAUGCAACGUCAACGGUGUUACAAUCCAUACGGCUUUUCGUUUGGUAACAUUUCCUUUAAUUUCAUACACUUCUUUUUUUAUUAUAGAACUUUGCAACACCUCAUGAUUCUCUUUUCAACCCACUUACCAAAGAAGAGAAAAUGAAAACAGCAUCCAGAAUCAAGAACGCCAAAUACGUGUUCAUUGACGAGAUAAGCAUGGUCAGCUCGAUUCUUUUGGCCAGAAUUGACCACACACUUCAACAAACGCGCGAAGUUUGUGAACCUUUUGGUGGUUUAUCGGUGAUAGCAUUUGGCGAUCUUUAUCAGUUGUCGCCGGUUUGUGAUCCACCUGUUUACGAAGGUUUGUUGUAUGAAAGCUGAACGUUUAGAGACGAACAAUUUCAGCACUACCGACGAAAAUGAUGAAGUCUUGGACCGCUGCUUCUCCAGCCAACAAAAUUCCAUCAUGGUCCUUGUUCCACAUGAUAGAGUUAGAAAAGAACUACCGAAACGAGCACUGGAAACAACUCGAAGUUCUCAAAUUUUUUCGGUGGGGAAUAUGGAGAAUUGAUGACGAGUCGUAUCUGCGGGAACUGUGCGCAUUCACCUUUGAAACAGAGAAGGACGCAUUUGAUCAACUGGAUGAGCUUCAGACGAAGAAUCCUCAUAAGACGUUCCUGAUUUUGGCUGCAAAAAACGAUACGGUUAAUAGACUGAAUAGAUAUGUGAGUAAAUUAAUUUUAAAGAAAGGGAAAAUCAUUCUGUUUUUAGAAACUGAAUCAGCUCGGAGGUGUUUUGGAGAUCGCACCAGUUAUUAACAGAAAUGGAGGAAACAAGUCAGAUGAGGCAGAGGAAAAGGCCACAAAACUCCAACUUGCUGUGGGAUGUCGUGUCAUGAUCACCCGCAACAUGAAUUUCUCCACAGGAAUCAUCAACGGAACUAUUGGUGUAUUUCUCGGAAUUGAGAAAAAUAUGCUGAUGAUGAAGUGAGUCAUUUGAGUUUUUCCGUUUUUAAAAAUAUGUUUUUUAGGACAGGAAAAUACGGAAUGAUCGCAGUACCUCGAGUUGGAUACGUUGACAACGGAGUAAGAUGGAACCAGUUUCCUAUCGUUGCAGCUGAAGCAAUCACCGUACACAAGGCUCAGGGACUGACGGUGGAUGGUGUCGUGGUCAUUUGCAACAGUUUCUGGAAUAAGUGCGGAGGAAUGUUGUACACGGCCAUUUCGAGAGCCCGGAACCUUGCUCUCUGUCGUAUUUCUGGCUUGAACGAGAAACACUGGGAUACACCAGACCAAGCAGCGACAUGUCUCGAAGAGAUGGCGCGUAGGAACAAGAUUCUAAGAUUUUGA